AUGGCUGCUCCGGAUGCCUCGUCGUCCUCCUUCCCGGUGGAAUCAAUCCUCUUCCCGCUCAGCACAUUCCUCCUCAGCAUCUACACCCUCUCCACCGCCACCGAUGUCUUCAUCUCCAGCACAGCUCGCCUGGCUCGUCGCUUGCAUGUGAGCGAGACACUCAUCUCCCUGCUCACCGCGGGCGCCGAAUGGGAAGAACUCGCCGUCGUGAUCGCAGCCAUUGCUCAAGGCCGACCGAAACUCGCUCUGGGGAAUGUGUUGGGAAGUUGCGUGGCCAACAUCCUCGGGGCUUUCUCGUUGGGCGUCUUAGCCCAGAGAGAAACGAUUGUGAGGUAUGAUGUCAGUGCGAGACUUUAUGCCGUCAUUCUGUUCGGUCUCACCACCGGUGUUGCGGUUCUCUGGGGAUUUGGCCGGCUUGAGGGACACGUCUAUGGCGCGGCCUUGGUGGUUGUGUUUGUGUUAUACAUGGUGGGUAUAGGUUGGUCGGUAUAUCGCGGCGUGUUGACGGCGCCUCAAGAUUCUGAUGCCGAGUCUGAUGCCGAGUCUGAUGGCAGCUCAACCUCGGAAGAGUCAGGGCAGACGGCUGUGUCUGGAGAGGAGGCUCAGCAUGACGAGAACCAAGCAGACGAGACGACGCCGUUGUCAUUGCGAUGGAGGAAACCGCCGUCCAUUCUGACUUACCUGGUCAAGCUGAUUGUGGCCUUCAUCGCCCUCUCGCUCAGUGGCUACGUUCUUUCGCAUUCCUCCAAGUCACUCUCGACGGCGUGCCACCUUUCCGACACCGUUUUUGGUGCGACCCUGUUGUCUCUCGGCACGACCCUACCGGAGAAGUUCGUGGCCGUGAUCAGCGGAUAUCGAGGCCACCCCGGUAUCAUGGUCGCCAACACGGUGGGCAGCAAUAUAUUCUUGCUGACGCUGUGUCUGGGAGUGACCAUUCUAAGCUCACAGGGGCUUGCCCAAGGGUCGAGUUAUACCCAAGAAAUUGUCUGGACGUGGACCACCUCGGCCUUCUUGAUGGUGAUGAUCCUCGUUGGUACCCACAGAUUGGUCGGGUUGGCCAUGUUGCUUGCGUAUGUCGGGUUUUUGGUCCUUGAAUUCACGCUGUACAAGCCUUGA